GUCAAUGGUGCUGAAUGGCAGUCAAUGGCGUACAAUAGACGCACCUGUGUCGAUGCGUCAAAGGAAUCUCGCGUGCUAUAUCGGACAACGCCGCCCGGGAGUCGCGCUAUGCGCUCGUAGGAGUGGCUCUUGCGAAUCAAUUGACGAGAAAUUCGCAGCGAACAUGGAAGUGACGGGCACGUCCAGGGUGGCUGACACUCGUCUCUCGACAGCAGAUUCGAGUGCCGGCGAUGCUAAUUCAGGGCUCAACAACGACUUCCCGGGGAGCGAAGAGCUGUCGCGCGCCGAUGAUGUAACGGCUGGCAACGAGGAAGUUACCGAUGCGUUAGCAACGAACCACGAUUCUGCCCCCGACAACGCGACGAGAGAAAAGCGAAGUAAAUGCGCCGAUUCGUCGCACAGUCCGCAGCAAACAUCGGAGGAUCACAAGACUGAAUCGUCAGAGGGAACAACGGAGCGUGUCAUCAGUCCUCAUGCAUCACAGACCUCAUUGGCCUUCACCAUCGAUUUCGGUAACAGCAAGGAAGUGGACACGGCUAAGUAUCAAAACCUGUUCGAGAGAUACAACGCCAGGCAUAGGCGGAAUCUCUCCACGUCCAAGGUAGAAGUAAAAUCAAAGAAGCCAAGCAAUUUACUGUCCCCAAACUUGGUGCAGAAGCAGAAAGUUCCUAGCACUCAUUCAGAGGGUUACUUUAGUAGCGAGGAUGAUACAAAGCGGAAAAUUGACCAAUUAUCGGAAAGACUUAAACAAUUAGGUGUCAAAGUUCCAUCGAAAGCACAUUCUAGCACAAAGAAGUCCACGAGUGAAGACUUAGAUACCUAUCAUCAGAAUAAACAAUGUCUAAUGACAAGAUCCUGCGACGAUGAGUUGCGGCACAAUAAAUCGUUUCAUCAGGGCCUCCCGCUAGAGCUUGAACACUCGAUCGAAGCCAAUGAGAACGUAUACUGGACGUCUCCGAAAUCCUCAACGAUAAACGACUUGAGUCGUGUACAGAUCAAUAAUUACGACGACGACGAAAACGAGAAGCUGUACACGAAGAAUAUAGAAUACAUUGAUGUCGAUCACGAGUGUAAGGAAGUAAACGAUUUUGAGGACGUGUCUUUUGCAGUCACUAACAAAGUGUCAAACAUGAAUUACAUCACUGACGACUUGAACAUCAAGAAUACGAGCGGAAGGGAGAACAGUUUGUCGAGCGUUAGUUAUGCGAUGGAUUUGAAGGUAGGAGAAGCUGAUCUAGAUGUAUUUAACGUCAGUAAUGUCGAUGCCGGUUCGGACGGUGCGGUGAGCGAAGCCGGUACCUACACGAUUCACAAAGAUUACACCGACGAAGAGAAAGCGAGGAUGGACAUCGACAAAGUCUUCAGUGUUGGCGUUUUGACCGAGGAUGAGAGCAACGAAGCGUACGUCCACAAUUUUAAGAUGAGUAUCUCUCGCGAUAACAAUGCGUGGAUAUCGGAAUGGGCUACACAAGUAGCGGAGCAUAACUCGCUACCUCCGAUAAUAGGCGGCUCAACAGGACGCACACCGCCUCUCAGCCCUACCAAGAUUCCAUCUCCGAUCCAUAGCAGAUCUCAGCGAAUGUCGCGCAAUCGUUAUGAACAAUCCGACAGUAAUCCGGACACCGAUACGUAUGUACGAAUAAAAGAGAGGAUCGGUAUGGUCUCGAGUCAGCAACAGAUCAUAGACUCCGGCGGUGAGUCCGACGAUGAUACCAGUAAUAGUUACAACACGCCGCCUAACAGCUCGCAACGCACGCCCGUGCAUAGUACGGCAGCUAGACGCAGUAGUUUGUCCGAGUCGUUGUUUCGACGAGCCAACACCAACGAAAAUAGACGAAGCGUCCGAAAAUACUUAAGUUCGGCCAGAUCAAAGACUGCUGACACGAAUGUCGAGUUACUGAACAGCCCGUCCCAAGUUUUGUCGCCCCUCCAUUUAGAGAGACGAAGCAGCUCUCUUGAUAGGAAAGAAUAUGCUUCUGAUACAACGGAAUCUAAUACGUCCAGAAGAAAUAGCAUGAAGUAUAAGGAAGAAGAUUUGAAGCACACAAAUAGUCCCAUCUUAAGCCGUCUCAGGCCACCCACGCCGAAACUGACUAAUAGUCCUAUUGUGAGUCGUAAGGCCGCAGCAACGAAGGUUCUUGAUUCUCCUAUGUUAGAACGAUCUAAACACAUGACGAAAUCGCCCCAGCAGGCGAAAAAUAUAGGAUAUUUUACAUGCGUGGAGAAUAGUCCGUACAUGUUGAGAAAAUCCAAUAGUACUACAAAUUAUCACGAGGGAUCCAGUUAUUUUGAUAAAGAUGCUUCUAUUAAAGCGCCUAAUGUCUUACGAAACAGUCCAGAAUUUCACCUGCACCUCAAUAUACAAAGAUCGUCGAGUAACGCGAGUAUCAGGAACAUGAAGUCGCAGAAUAUGGUGUCACGUCGCAGCAGCUUCAACAGCAGCGACGUCGACAGGAUAUCAUCGAGAGGGAAAUUCCUCGUAGCCUCCGACAGUAGCAGCGAAGCUGGGGAGCAGCAAAGAAAAUCGCCGUUAACGCCAAUCUCAUCUGGGAUCAAGUUAAACAGAGCCUUCAGUAUAAGAAGGGCAAGAUUGAAUUGCGAAUCCGAUACAACGCCGAACACAACCCCGGAAGAGAGACGCAGACGGGCGCAGUCCGAAGUGAAGACUUCGGCGCCUAUGAACAAGCAACAAAGUUACCACCGUAGCCGUACGAGCAGUGUCGGGGCGCACAGUAAAGAGUUGAAGAAAUCUGAGCCAACGAAAUACAGAACGCCGUCUAUAUCCAGAACCGACACCGGUAGAUUUAGUAUGAGAGCCAGCAAACCCACUCACCAUCCUCCGAGUAGUCAGAAGACGAACCAGAAGCCAAGCAAAGAUCACAAGAAGUCUGGCAGAAGCAAUUCCACCCUCACGUCGAAGGAGGUGGAGUUUCAGAACUGGAAGAGACGGAAAAGCUACGAUCCGAUGAAAGCGGCGGCGGAAGGUAGAAAGAAAUUGAUAGACAGCACGAAGAAGCAUCACAGUACCGAGGACGGUUCGGGAAACCAUGACAAUUCCGUGCUGAGAUCUGCGAGCUUCCAUGGCACAGGGGGUGCUCUCUCACUGGCCAAUGAUUGGUCGGACAACGAGUUCCAUGAUUCUUACCAUAACAACCAAGUACCACCUCCUAGCAGUCCGCAGUUGGAGAGCGACAGCGAUUUGGAAACUUCGUCUUACCUGCAAACCACCCAAAACGUCGUGUCUGCCAUGUCCGCCCGCAUGACGAGUUAUCGGCCUCCUCUCGACUCCGAUAACGAAAGCGACGAAGAUACGAGUCACAGCCUGCAUCAAAAUAUACCAAAGGGGCUGCGCCAUCCGAGCGACACGGAGAGCAGCGACGAACGCCAUCCCAUGGCGCAGUCUCCUAUCUCCAAUACCAAAUACAAUAGAGAACUUAGUUUGCGUAGAGUAAAAUUGGACCCGCAACGAACGAAACCUGUGUCUUCCACCGCAAACAAAGCCAAGAACUUCUUGCACGACGCUCGUGGCAAGCCCGAAUCCAUUUCCGGCAUUGGUAGAACGGACUCGGGACGACCUAGUGCGCGAGUUAGCAGAACUUCGAGCAUGGGGCCUAAGAACAAACCGAAAGAAUCGAAAAAGCCUCCGACGCCGAAUGUACGGGAGGUCGAGAUGCAAAAUUGGAAACGUCGCAAGAGUUACGACCCCAUGAAAGCAGCGAUGGAGGGGAGAAGGAAAGCGGGCCUGGCGAAGAAGAAUAUCAACGAAAAUUUGUCACCAAGCCACGUAGCGAGAUCGCAGAGUUUUCACGGAUCAGUAGGCUUGGUCGUCAGCGAUUGGAGCGACGAGGAACCAGUCAUAUCUGCGGACGAAGCCCCGUUAUAUUAGAAUUCAGUCUCAGAAUUAUCGGUAGCAUAUAGAAAUAAGUGUACGCGUGAAAGUAAAAGAUGAAGCCAAAUUAUUAAGAAAAAUUCUUGUAUAUAAGAGCGCAAAGACGAGCGAAUUUUACAGAAUGCUUUACGAGCACUCCUAUAUGUACCUAAAACGACUCUAAGAGGACAAGUAACUACAUAUGAAACAUUUUUUCUAUAUUAUAAAUUUGUGAUCAUAUAUAUAUAUAUAAAGAUGCGCGUACAGGUACUGCCGACCUGUACAACCGCUAAACCUUGAGUUACAAAAUUGUGCUUCCCAAAAAUGAUACUUAAAAAUAUACAUGCCGAAAGUCGCAGUAUUAACGUCGUAACGGCCAAUUGCUUAUGUUUAAUUUAAUGUAGAAGAAUGUUCUCUUUCUCUCUUUUUCUUUUCGCAAUUUGCUCUACAUUUUCUGUCGUACAUAAUAAAAUACAGAAUAUCGCCUAAACAUAGUUACGUCGGAGGAAUAUCUUGCAUAAACGAUAUUAAUGUAAAGAAAGAGAUUGAUCAUGGAAAAUUGAGAUAUCCUAAUGUCAAGCUGGACUACGAAGCGCGCGAUGUGAGGUGUUUAAUUUAUAAUGUGUACGAGAGGUGCUAUAGGUAUAGAGAAAUAUAUGUGUGUUAUUGGUUUAAUUAUAAUUGGACCAAUCGCGUAGCGUUUAUGUACAAAUGUUUGUAUCUCUAUAGCCGCAUCUUAUCUCUCAUUGAUGCAGCCUAUUCACGCAUGAGACACGCAUGCCCGUCGCUUAAUUAACUUAUGAAAUGUAUUUUUUCAUUGAGAACAAGAGAAAAAGUAGCGGGGAGGCGCGAGAAGGUUUAUUGUAUAGAUUUGUGUAUCUUUCUUUCUCUCGUGUUAUUGUUGUAAUCAGGAUGUGUGUACGUUGCACAUUGUUUGUUCAUAAGAGUUCGAGUAUUUCACAACUAACAUCGGUGCACGCGCGAUUUCUUCCUGUUAGUGUAAUUAUCAAUAUAGAAAAAGUAAACGGUGUGUACUACGCUCUCUUCCAAAGCGCGCAAUGAAUUGUAGCAAAUAUCUUUCCUCUACGAUAAUUUAAUGUGAUCAUGAAAGGCUUUACGAUGAUCUUAAACAUUAAGGUGUAAAUAUUAUUGUCGAUCGAUUUAAUUGUACAUUCUUCUUCGUUUCUGAUUUUACGUGAACACUAAACAGACUUUUCCAUUCUGCUCUAGUAAGCUGAAUUGUCACUAAUACAAUCGGUCGGAUAAGAUUAGACGACACUAAUAUAAUAUACACAAGACAUGUAAGGACGUAUUUUAUAUAUAAGUACUUGUUCAGCAGAUUGUAUCACUUGUUCAUCAUACUGGUUGCUCUAUUGUAAAUUUGAUGAGAAUUUUAUCUGGAUUAUCUUUCCUAGAGUUUUGUAAAAUUUACGCAAGUUCGUUGUGCAUAUCGCGAGCAUUACGAUGAAAAGAUUUAUAUUAAUGCUCCCUUUAUUGCAUAAUCAUUAAACGAUUAUUCUGUUGUCUCGCAACAAUUUUUCGAACAACUCGUGCGUUAUGUUUCUGAUUGAUUAUAUAUUAUUCAUUUCUUUUUAUGUUAUACAGCUAAAAUAAUUUGGUUGAAAGUAUUUAUUUAUAAUUUUUGUUCUCAAUCGUGAAAUUUACAAUUUAUUGAUGCACAACGUAUCUCUUUAUAUUCGGAAUUAUGCAAUAAAGGUUCUAGAAGAAUGUGAUAUUAUGGCAGGAUUAUAGAGAGUUACUGAGUUAAAUGAUAACAAUAACGGUUUGUUCGUUAGAAAUUAGUAAUAAUAAUUGUUUCAAUAAUUGAACGUCGACAUUACAUGGUUUUGUUUUAGAGAAUAAUUUUGUAAUACUACACGUAGAAUUUGACACAAAUAGUAUUGCAAAACUAAUAAAAAAUUUUGAUGCGUUUUUGUUAUUGAAAUUUUGAUUUGUUUUUUUUUUAUGGCAAAAUAAUUAAGUAGAAGUGUUGCAUAUUAACAUUUAAUUGCUCGACAGAAGGAAUUCAUCUGAUUUUUGUGUGAUAAUACUUUGUGUAUUGGAAGUUGGUCAGUUGGCUAAUAGAUUGUGUGUAUAUUUUUGUAUAUUUUUGUGUGUGUAUUUUAAGUAUAUUGCGACAUUAUAUAAACAAUUUUGUCUCAC